UCAAGCUGUAAAUGAUAUACAUUCAUAAUGAUUCAAUUUACCCCUGCAUUAAGCAUGCAAUGGUAUUAAUUGAAAAUACUUAUAAUGAAUCGAAAUCAAUCAAAGUGAUGUAUCUUAAUGCAACAAACCCAGAUAAACUCUUCAAUAUCUUCAAUACUACUUCACUCUCAAAUAAUGAAAGUGUAAUGCGUAAUUUUGUUUAUGAACGUAUUGAUAAUAUCAAUUCUUUAAUUUUAUAUUUACAAGAGAUAAAGACAACCGAUGAUGUCACAAAAACUAUGAUCAUAAUUGAAGGUCUUGAAACAAUUCUUCUAAAUGGGUUGGGUGAUUAUUUAGAGAAAAAUUUAGCACUUGUAACCCUUUUUAAACUAUUAAAUAAAAUGGAAAGAGGAAAUCAAUUUAUUACAUUAAUUUUGGAUAAGAAGAAUAAUUUCUUCUUACUUCAUUGUCUGGAAGAAAUUCCAAUAAAAGAAUAAAAUGAGAUACAAGUCUUAGAUCAAUCCUUAUUAGGAAAUGUGUUAGAUUAACUUAUUUCUUGCCAUUAUCAAAGGCUGACAAAAAGUCAUCACUUUACAUUAUAACAAUGAUAUAAGCAUAUCAAUUGUAGUAAUUUGCUACAACUAAAUUGGCACACGAGCGCAUAAUUUCCAAAAUCUUAAAUUUAAGUAAUUCCUACUAGAGGAAAUGAUACAACAAAUAAUAAUUGAUGACCCCUAUAACGGAAAUACAAGUGAAUGCCUAGAAAUUUAGAUGAAUGAAGUGAUAUGCAUCAAUCACUUAACUUCAUAUUCUCUGCAAUUUAAGGUAUUGGGUAAGUAUAUGUAACAAUAUAUGAGCCCAAAUGUACCAACUUGACUUCAUUCUUGAAGGAUCAAGCGACCCCACUUUAUGUAUGCAUCAUUCAUUU